AUGGUAAUGGUGCAUUACGGUGCUACUCUGCUUAUGCUAUCCGAACUCGAUCUUACGGGAUCCUCCGUUGCAAAUCAAGUGUUUAGGCGAUAUAAAAGCUUGGUCGAGCAUAUACGACUGAGAAAUUCGCAUAUUAAUUCAAGUCAACCAUCGCCCCGGAUCUCCGAGUCUGCUUCACAACAUGACGAUGUCUUAUUAUGUGUAGAAUAUGACCAGCGUAGGAAAAUGUCAAUAUCGGGCGAAGAUGUUUUUGUUAGGACGAAACAGAGUGCAAUUAUUGAAGACCCUCUCGUUGACUCCAUAUCAGAUGGUGGUGAAAUCCGCUCUGUGCGGUUGAUAUCAAGGGAUGAGCUAAUCCGAACUGUUGAAAGUCCGGACACGAAAUCGAAAAGUCUUGCCAAGUUGCUCAUAGCUUUUUUCUAUUGCUUAUCCUCAUUACUGAUUACAGCCUUUGUAAUGGUUCUAGUGCAUGACCGUGUACCAGUUUACUUGGCUACACAAGAUUUUAGAAGUAUGCAGAUGAUAAUGGAGAAAUUGCUGCAGAUUACUUAUGUUCUCGACCCUAGGAAUGUCGAUACAGCAUUCUAUAUAUCAUCGCGGAUGUUCCUCUACUAUCAUGCCUACGCAUACAAUCAUGCGAACCUUACUGCUACGGACGACCGUAUUCGACUCUGGUUUCCGUUGGGAUGGUUUUUCGAGGCUGGUAGCAUUGGGAAGGUCCCAAACGAGUUUGAAAUGCCACUACGAGUUAUCAUCCCAAGGUGGUGGGACAACUCGCGUAGACAUGAUGAAAAAGAAGAGCGAGAGGAACACAAGCACGAAAAAGAAGCGAAACAUUCGAAGAAGUUGAAAAAGAAGAAUCACUAG